AUGGCAGCCCUGUUAGAGUUUGUCACACAAUCUGUCACUGAUGGUUUGGGAAUGCCGAUCACAACUCGCCGGAAUGUGCCCCCUUGGCCCCGUUCUUGUCCCCUACGAGGUGGCCGCUGUUCCGUGCUCCCCCUACCCUAUUUCCCCGCCUAUAUCUUCCUAAUAUCCUCUCCUCUGUCCGCCAUGGCAGCCGUCACGAUAUACAACAGCGACUACGACCUCUGGGAUGCCUGGCUUCACAAGAUCUAUGAAACCACCCAGCAGGAGAACUGGUUCAUGCCUAUUGAGGAGACCGUCUCGACUGGUGUCGCCAUGCGCGUCGAGAACGGCUUCUUUCGCGUCUUUCCUUACGAGACCCCGGCACUUAUCCCGUUCGAGGCGGCUGUGCGCAAGCUGAACCCUGUCGUUGCUGUCAAGAUUCGCAACACGGCCGUCCAGGCGGCUAUUCGCAAGAUCGGUCCGAACGACGACUGUCUUUACAUCGACGCCAACACCCGCAUCCAGAUAAUCGACACCAUCGACUUCCUUCCCCAAGCCGAGAAAGACCAGUGUGGCGCCUUUAUCCGAGACGAGCGGGCUGUGGUCCUCUGGAGUUACAGCUUAGAGAACAUCAUCCCUCUCUGCAAAGAAUUUGAGGAAAAGCUCAUCAAGCACAUUUGGCGUACUCGGGCUAUCGGGCAUCGACCUUCCCAGCCUCUUGCGUCUCCAGUACCCACCCCGGCAACGAACGCCGCGCUCUCUCCGGAUGGCUCGCAAACUGAACUCAAUGAGAAGGCGCCCGAAGCUCAAGUCGAGGAGGUCAAACAGGAGAAAGAAUCUGCUCCUGCUGCUGCGGCUCCACCACCAAAAGGUUCCUGGUGGAACUGGAAGCUGCAACCACGCGCACCAGCCGCACAGUCAUCGCCCGGAGGCGAUCCAGAGAAGGGUGGCAAGCGCAAGGAGCGGAAAUUGGUCCUGAUAGGUCCGAUCUAUGCUGGUUGUGGUGCUGCGCUGGCAGCUUAUUUCAUGACAUCUGGUGUUUCUGUCCUUCUCGAAGAGUACGCUCUUGAUGGCGACCUCACUCGAUUUGCGCUUCUUGUCACUAUGCCUGUUAUCUAUUGCGUUUCUAUCUUCUUCUGCCUCCAGCUUAUUGGGAACUUGUGCCUCAUAUUCGGACCAGUCGCUCAAUAUCAUGAAAACUCCAUGUACUAUUCGGCGGUCAAGCCCGAACCUAAUGCAGAGGUUGACCGAAACCUGCCGCAUAUCACAAUUCAGAUGCCCGUCUACAAAGAAAGUCUUGAGCACACUAUUGCACCUUCUGUGUACUCCGUCAAGAAGGCCAUGCAGACGUACGCUCGUCAAGGGGGCACAUCUGCAAUCUUCGUCUGCGACGAUGGUAUGCAAUUGAUCAGCGAAGAAGACCGGAAAGAGCGGACUGCAUUCUACGCGAAUCACAACAUUGGAUGGGUGGCUCGUCCUGGCCAUAACUCUGCCCCCGGUGGUUUCAAACGUGCGGGCAAGUUCAAGAAGGCCAGCAACAUGAACUACGGUCUAGCUCUUUCCCUCAAAUUGGAGAAGUUCCUUGCCCAAUUGGAGACAGAGGGCGCCGAGGACGACGGUGACGAAUACCUAGAAGAUCGUGCUAUGAAGAUGGCACAAGAGGAGCUUUAUGAGGAAUCGGGUCGCAAAUUCAUGCCUUGGUGUGCUAACGGCAAGUCUCUCCGGAUGGGCGAAAUUAUCCUUAUCAUCGACUCCGAUACGGUCGUCCCCGAGGAUUGCUUCAGAGAUGCAGCUCGCGAGAUGUAUGAAUCCCCUGACGUCGCUAUCAUCCAGCACGAGUCAGAUGUCCUCCAAGUUGCCCAUCACUAUUUCGAGAACGGUAUCACCCACUUUACACGGCGUAUUAACAAGUGUAUCUCCCUUGGUUGCGCCAAUGGGGAAGUUGCGCCUUUCGUCGGACAUAACGCCUUCCUUCGCUGGUCUGCGGUUCAAGAUGCAUCGUUCAUUGACCCUGCGGACGGUAAACGGAAACAAUGGUCUGAAGCCAACGUCUCGGAGGACUUCGAUCUCGCUUUGCGGUUGUUGUUGAACGGCUACACUCUCCGAUGGGCUACCUACUCAGAUGGCGGCUUCAAAGAGGGCGUAUCGUUGACCGUCGUCGAUGAGCUCGCCCGCUGGCAAAAAUACGCUUACGGCUGUAACGAAAUUAUUUUCAACCCGCUCAUUCGAUGGUGGCGACAGGGACCCAUUAGCCAACAACUCCGAGGGUUCGUGUGGUCCAAGGCUCCUGUGCACUACAAGAUUGGAAUGAUGUCCUAUAUGUUCUCGUAUUAUGGGAUUGCUGCCGCAACCGUGGGCUCGAUUCUCAACUACCUCCUCCUCGGCCUUGCCCCUCAGAUCGAUCGGUUCUAUCUGCAUAGCUUCGAGAUUCUCCUUGCCUGUACGGUCGUGUUCCCCGGUGUAGGCAACUUGGGGUACACACUCUUGGAAUAUCGACUUGGACAGCGCAAUUUCUUCGGCGCUAUGUUUGAGAACUUGAGAUGGGUACCAUUCUUCUUGUUCUUCUUCGGCGGCCUCAGCAUCCACUUGUCGACCGCUCUGCUGGCGCACUUGUUCUCGUACGACAUGACCUGGGGUUCCACUGGCAAAGAAGUUGAACGUUCUUCCUUCUGGAUUGAAGUACCCCGUAUCUGGCAACGCUUCAAGUUGUCGUUCAUCAUCUGCUUUGCCUGCAUUGCCAUGAUGAUUAUAUUUACGACAGACGUCGUGCCGUUUGAGUGGCAAAUUCCAGGUUGGGAAUGGGCCUUGAUCAUCCCCCUCGCACUCGUGGUUGGCUGCCACAUCUUGCUUCCAAUUGUCCUCAACCCUUGGUUGAUGAUUUUCUCGUAUUAA